AUGGGAGACCUGUGCAAUGUUGUGGUGAUCACCCACGCCUUCCGCCUGCUGACGUGUCCCGACGCCAUGGUAAGGAACAUCACAGCAAAUACCCUGUGUGACGUGAUAAAGAAGUGGAUCGGCAGAGCCCCCUCCAACGAAGACAUUGCCACCUUCCUGAGCAGCUCUCUGGAUGGCAAAUUCAGAUGGGACGGGCGCGACAUUGCUUCACUGUGGUCCCGUGCUCACAACGCCAUGCAACACCUGGGGAAAGCCUGGCAGCUGCAUCACAAUACCAUCCAGAACCGCCUGGUGAAAGCCAUUGCACCAUGCCUGGGGGAGGUCACCGUGAACUGCACCAUCCCUGGUACCGACAGCCAGCUACGACCUGACAUCAACCCCUGCAACGAGCAUGUGCUGCGGACCUGCGGGAUCGGUCGACGCUAUGCACGGCUCAUGCGGCGCCUCAUGUCGCGAGACCUCCUCAUCAACCUCUUCCUGGCACUGGCCAAAGUGGCCAUCUACAACACCAGGAGGACAAUGCUGGACGAGGGGGUGUUCUGUGACUAUGCUUUACUAGCGGACCUGGAGUCUACCACCUCUCACAUCUCCAAACGGCCUGUGUUCUUGUCGGAGGAAACACCCUAUUCCUAUCCAACUGGAAACCAUACAUACCAGGAGAUCCCAGUGCCCCCACCUGUGCCACCCCCUCCUUCCAGCGAAGCCCUGAAUGGGACUGUGAUUGACCCUUUAGACCAGUGGCAACCCAGUGUUUCCCGAUACAUCCACCAGCAAUCCCAGUCUCCUGUGUACAGCUCCAGUGCCAAAAGUGCCAGUGCCUCCGUUCCCCGAGAGAGUGUCUGCUCUUCUUCCUCACGUGCCAGUGAAGAGGAGCACGUCUACAGUUUUCCCAACAAGCAGAAGUCUGCAGAACUAUCUCCCACCAUGAUGAGCUCUUCAUUGGGCAGCAACCUGUCAGAACUGGACCGACUGCUCCUAGAACUGAACGCUGUUCAGCACAAUCCCCCUAGUGGCUUCCCAACAGAUGAAGCCAGCAGGAGCCCCUCCCUGCCCAGUGGGACUGGACCUCACUAUGUUGUCCCAGAGAGCACUAGCUCUUUGGGGGUGAAGGCAGCACCCCCUACAAAAGAGAAGCCAAAGCGGAACGGAGGGCGUGGGAUUGAGGAUGUGCGUCCCAGUGUGGAGAGCCUUUUGGAUGAACUGGAGAGCUCUGUGCCAAGUCCAGUCCCUGCCAUCACUGUGAACCAGAGUGAGGUGAGCAGCCCACAGCGGGUCACCUCCAGCCAGCAGCAGACUCGCAUAUCUGCUUCUUCAGCCACAAGAGAACUGGAUGAGCUGAUGGCAUCUCUCUCGGACUUCAAGGUGCCCAACCGUAAAAGAGGCACUUGGGGUCGGGAGUCUGUANUGUGGCACCCUGAGUGCUUUGUCUGUCGGGAAUGUUUCACGCCGUUCAUCAACGGCAGCUUCUUUGAGCACGAUGGGCAGCCCUACUGUGAGGUGCAUUAUCACGAACGCCGCGGCUCGCUGUGUUCCGGCUGCCAGAAGCCCAUCACGGGACGCUGCAUCACCGCCAUGGCCAAGAAAUUUCACCCAGAACACUUCUGUGCCUUCUGCCUCAAGCAGCUCAACAAAGGAACCUUCAAGGAACAGAAUGACAAGCCCUACUGUCAGAACUGCUUCCUCAAACUCUUCUGCUAGACGCAUCCUAGCUGGGAACGGAGCAUCUUUCUGCCACCUCACUAGGCAGCCGAGUCUCUCUGAGCAUUACUGUGAUUUAGAAACCUUGCCGGGGAAGGGGGGUGCUAAGUGCUGCUCCAGAAAGACGAGAUGGACCAUUAAACUGGAAAUGCCCAUGCUGUGUUUCAGUGGGGAGAUGCUGAGCCCCAUCAUUAAAGUGUUGUAUGAUUGUUGACAGCCGAGAGGAGCCUGAAGCGCUAGCGAGGAGAUGCCUUUCUCAAGGAGAGGGCUGGAUAAAGCCUUGAGUCAACUCUCCCUGAGCCGACAUGUGACACUUCCAAGCAAAACGUCCUUGGCUUUGGUGACACUUCUCUCUCGCUGGGGCAGUUAAGCGCUGUGUGACCCAAGCAGUAGCUCUGCUGCUGCACAGCAAGGGCCAUGCUCUGACCUCUGCAUUGCCCGGACUGUGCACGGUCGAGUCCUGGGGCACACGGGAUUUACUACGAUUACAGCAGCAGCCCCAGAAGCUGUAAAGACCCUGCAGUGGAGUCUUUCCAGUUCAGUAACACUGCAGGGAAUUGAUGCCACUUAUUUGUUAGAAAGGGGAAGUAGGGGGCUACUCUGUUUUUCUAGCUUGUGAUUCUCUCCCCCUCCUGAAUGGAGUGUCCCAUUUUGUGCUGGACACCCCCAAAUCCCCAGGAGUGGGUAGGGCAAAUGCUCCUAAUUCUGCUGCUCCUGGGAGAGGAGGAGGAGACUGGCACCAAUUAAUUUUAAAAGAAAAUGCAGAGAAAUUUGAGGGCCCAGCCCUCCCCUCUGAGCGAAUGUGGCUUAUGCUGUGUGUCUGGCCUGCAUUUUACUAAGGGAAGGGCCUGAAAAGCCUCUCUAGGUUUUUUUAAAAAGCAAGGAGAAAGUAAAGCUAUAGAUUUCGUAUUCCUUGUUCAUCUUCUUCUUUGCUCUUUGCUAAUCAGGCUGGCAGUCCCUCUUCUUUGAUACUGUCCUGUUCCUUGCUCGUUCUACUGAGACUCUCUAGAGCAAUAAUCUUUGAUAUUGACUGUUACUGGUCUAACAAGUCCCCGAGGUCUGGUGUAUCUGACCCUUGGAGUUUUGCUAUGGAACUGAAUACUGUAUGCUUUGAUAAAAACUGUGGAUUUCUACACUGAGGUUUGAGUUCAGAACUAAUUUACUUUUAAUCCUCUUCUACAGAAAUUGGUUUUGAAGUGAUUUUAAGAAAGCUACUUUUAUUUCUCACACUGUGCUGUUCUAGGCAGUGUACCAGUUGUGCUGGUUACUGCAUCUGUAACCUCAAUGCUUGGGUCUAACAAACUAUUAACAUGAAGUAUUUUCUUUUUAUUGGGGGUUGGGAGGGCUCUGGGUUUUGCAGGGGAAGGGAAUGUGACUGGUAUUGUUUUCUAGCACAAGCAGGUGAGCUGUGAAUAGCUCUUUUAAUUAUCUCAGAUCACCUGGAAAGUUUAUUUUGUAACCUGUAAACUGCUGUAUUUGACUUACCUGCCUUUCUCCAAAGCCCGACUUCCAGGGUAACAAAGUGAGUCUUAAUUCAGUGCCACAUGAUGCAGAGAUGGAGAACCCAAAGUCCACCUUCAUAGUUUUAUUCCUCUUCAACCAUCAGAAAUGAGAGCAGAGGGUUAACUCGGGAAGGGGAGUUCUCCCCUUAGGUGGGAAGGAUGGUCCUGGGGCUGAAAAAAAGGGCUGGGAGUCAGGAGAUCUGGAAUCUGUGCUUGAUUCUGCCACAGACUUGCUGUGUAACCUUAGGCCAGUCACUUAGCCACUCUGUGCCUCAUCUGCAAAAUGGGGCAAUAUUCCCGCCUUGUAGGAUUUUGAGGUUUAGUUCAUAUUUGUCAAAGGCACUUUCAGAUCUUCAGAAGGAGGGUGCUGUAGAAGGACAAAGGAUUGUGUUAGAAACAACCCUACAGUGUUCUACACUAAUGGUGAAAGUGGUGCAGUGAGAAGAGGGUUUUAAAAUAUGACUCUAGAAGAUUCUAGAUCUUUGGUUAUUAAGGCAUGACACAUUGGGGUGGCUACAAAAUUUUCAAAAUGGAACAGGCAUAGGGAGUUCUGGGAUUAACUGUGUAAGAAACAAACCCUCACUUUAACAGAGGGAUCCUAGCUUACUAUUUUAAAUAACCUUAGCUCAAUGCUUCACUACCCUCCUUGAAUAAGUGGAACUGUUUUUCACUGGUUUCCCAUACAAAUGAGCCUCAGUCUGUGGUUGUGAAAGCAGGGUUUUGUGGAACAAGUGGUAAAACAAAAAGCUACUCCAGCUGGGCAGAGCACAGCUUUUGGGAAGUUCCCAAGGCAAGAAACUGUCUAAAUGGUCAUUUUGGAGUUGAAAUUAGUUUUACUUAAAAUUGGGAUUUCUGAGCUUCCUGCUGAAACUGACACUUGUUCUGACCCCGCUGGUUGGGAGAACGGUCCUGUGUCCAGUGCACAGGACUGGGAGUGUCUCUGCCACUGCAUUUCUGUGUGAUACUGAGGGAGUUUAUAACCUUCUGUGCCUCAGUUUCCUUAUCUGUAAAAUGGGGAUAAUACUUAACCUACCUCACUGGGGUGUUGAGGCUUAAUUCACGGAUAUUUCUGAAGGGCUUUGAGACCCUUGGAGGGAAGGUGCUGUAAAAGGGGAAAAUCUUGUUACAGUAUCCCAGUGUCAGAGCAAAACCGUUUCAUCCCCUUUUAAUAAUGGUUUCAUAGUCUCCAUGACCAUUACUGCCUUAGCAAAAUGUUGAGAGCUUUCCUGAUCAAUUGGGAUUUAAACUGGUUUGGGGAUGGGUCCUAUGCUCAUUGCUGCCUCCAAAUGUUACUUUCCCUCAAGAUGGCUGCUGCCAGUAGGAGGGUCAGAAAUACCCAUUUUAAAUUUCCUAAGUUCAAGUACAGUUUAGACUGGAACAUUUGAAAUGCUGUACAGAGCAAACUGGGGAAAGGGAUGUGUUAAGAUUGCCCUGGGUGAUUAGCAAGCAUACUUCACAGAUACUGAUGGUGCUAAAGUGCAGACCAGCAAGUUGUACUACUGCACUGUUGCAGGUAGUGGGACGUGUCCCAAGGAGUGGUUGGGGAGAGGGGUUAGGCGAGAAUGUGCUUUUGGAAGGCUGAGAUGGGUAAUUCAGGCUUAAACUGGACACAGGAGGCAGGUGUGUACAGUACACAGCCUCUGAGGAGCUACAAGACUGCAUGCAGAGGCCUGGCAGCUGCCCGUUCAGAGGCAAGUUAAGCUCUAGCUACACCCCUGUUUCUUUGAAAGGUUUUGUGUUAGGGUUACUAUAAUGUUGUCUUGAAAGGCCUCAGUGCUCUGUUUACAAUGAUCUCCUCAUCUGAUGAACUCUGGCAGUGCAAUCAAAGAGCUAUCAGACAAGGUGGGUCUCAAUCAAAUCACGCCCCGAAUAGCUUGGGGGGAUUUCCCUCUGGGUCGACAGUUACUUCAUUUGUUUUUUCCUUGUGAACUUCUAACUCUGCUUUUUCCAUUUAAAAUCCCUGUGAUUAUGCUAAUAAAAUUUUACCAUUAUUUUCA